GCCAUAUUGACGAGAAAGCCAUGACUAGCUUAAUCUUUUCAAAAAAUCGCCUAAAACCGCUUAAGGGAGGGAAGACGCUGACUAUUCCUCGCAUGGAACUUUUGGCAAUUCUUAUUGGUGUAAGAGCAAUGGAAUUUGCGAAAAAUGAGUUAAAACGUGAAAUUGCUGGUUUCCACCUAUGGAGCGAUAGCCAAAUACUAACACCUAUGGAGCGAUAGCCAAUACUAACAUUUGGUGGGAAGGACCGGCCUGGCUUAAAUGCUCUUCCAAUAAAUGGCCAGCUGAAAAGGAAUUUUAUGUCAAUAAAAGGGAAAUACAAAAAAUCGAUAUUCACUCACAAGAAGAAAAAGAAACACAAGUUUAUCUGGUAAAAGAAAGAAAACCUAAACAAGUGAAGGAAAUAGAUAAAAAUGACCAAUGUAUGGACUUAACCAGAUAUGGAACCUGGAACCGUUUAAUACGAGUAACUGCGCUUGUAAUGCGUUUUGUUAAAAAACUGAGGCCUAAUUUUUCGACUAUUUCGAGUGAUGGACCCUUUUCCGCUGAGGACUUUAAAACCGCUGAAACACUAUUAAUAAAAAAUGAUCAAAGGGUUUAUCUUGAAGAUUGUGGUGAAAAAACUCUGAUUGACCAAAAUGGCAUUAAACGCUUAAACACACGAUUGUCUGCUAUUGGAAAAAUGGAACCAAAUUUGGCGCAACCGAUACUAUUGUCAUGUCACUCUCCUCUCAUCGCUCACAUAAUCCGACGCAUUCAUCUGAAUUUACAGCACGGAGGUGUUGACUGGACUUUAACUGAAUUUUUGCGUUCUUAUUGGUGUUCGAAAGCGCGACAAACAGUACGUAAAGUAAUUGGUGGAUGA